AUGAAGGCUUUACAAUCUAAACAGAAAGAAGAAGACGAAAAAAGCCGGAAGUUAGCAAAGCGUUCCAAAACAGACAAAGGGCGAAGACGACGAACUGCCAUUAAGUUACAAACAUCGAAAAUGCUGAAAGAGUUGGUGAAGGAGCGACUCAUGGCGGCGGCUGAUGAAAUAUUCGCGCUGGUCGAAAGAACGAUCGCGUGCUACGAGGAGGAACUUUCUAGAACGAGAGAGGAGAAGGAGCGACAUCGACGACAACUGGAAGCUGUUUUGCACAUUGAAGACGUCCAACUUAUGGUUGCUCGAGGAGAACUUCCCCCUCAGCUGCUGGGAAGUAUUUCCACUUUGAAACAGGAGGAUCCGCAGCCCCCCCACAUUAAAGAGGAAGAGGAGGAACUCUGGAUCACUCAGGAGGGAGAGUGUCUUCCAGGGGCAGACGAGGCUGAUCCCACCACGUUGCCACUGAGUGGUUUCUCUGUGAAGACUGAAGACGAUGAAGACAAACCACGAGUGUCCUCGCCGCUUCAUCACAGUCCAAGUGAGGAGAACAGAGGGGCGGAGCUUUCAAGCAGCAGCUGGCCGCAACACCCGACAAGAGAAGCGGACCACUGUGAGGGUCUACUAUCAGGUGGUGACGACACACACCUUGAAGUGGGCGACUGGGACAGAGAAGCUUUGAGCAGCGAAGGCGACUGCGAAGUCGACACGAGGACUCACGCCGCCAACAAACACUCUGAGCGCGCUAGAAGGAAGACGGGGAAAAAACGUUUCCCCUGCUCGGUCUGCGACAAAAUAUUCGCUCAGAAGUGCGACUUCACUCGACACGUGCGCACGCACACCGGGGAAAAACCGUACUGCUGUCUGGUCUGUGGCGCGAGAUUUGCCCAGAGGUCCACGUUGACCAGACACAUGAAAACGCACACGGGGGAAAAACCCUUCAGCUGCUCGGUGUGCGGGGAAAAAUUCUCCCUGAAGGUAAACAUGCUCUCGCACCUGAGGACGCACACGGGGGAAAAACCUUUCACCUGCUCAGUCUGCGGCGAGGGAUUCUCCCGGAAGAUGCACGUCGUCUUGCACAUGAGGACGCACACCGGGGAGAAACCGUUCCGCUGCUCGGUCUGCGGCGACGCGUUUGCUCAGAGUUCCACUUUGAAUAGGCACAUGGGGACGCACAAAAUGUGCUCGGUGAACCACGGCGAGACGUCCAGGGGGUCGUCCGGCACGUUUGUGGACUGAUGUACUUCCAAACAGACACCUAACAAUGUGAACGUCUCACAUUACCAAGAUUUAUGUGGGAAAAGAAACAACAUACGCAUCUUUGUAUUCACCACUUUUGAUGCGCACAAUUGAAUAUCUUCACUGCUCAAACAGCAAUGUGGUUAUACCAGUUUAGAUUGUGGUAGGACAAAAAUAUGCUUUCAUUUUACCGUUUAAGCUAGCGACCAGCGCGCUAGCUUUCUUCUCCGGUAAAUAAUAAGGGUGUCAAAAAAAAAGAUUAUUAAUUGAUCAAAAAACAAAAACAAAUCCAUUGUUUGUUUAUUUGAAUCAUAGUAGACUUCUCUUGUUGCCUUAUUUGUAUUUGACUUUAAUAAAGGAUUUGGGUAGAAUUUGAUAUGAAAAAAAA